ACUACGUGAAUAUAAAGUCAUUCUAAUAAUAUAUAAUGUAUAAAAAAGAAAUAUUAAAGAAGUUUAUUCUUGUUGAUUAUACCAUUGAAAAAAUAGAUAAUUACUUUAAAUGCAUUUGCAAAUUCAAUAAAAAAUAAAACACUGAUCAUUAUAAUAGUAACAUGUUGAAAUAACGUAUAUAGAACACGUGCACUGUCUUAACCUGAGAUUAUGUGAAUUAUCGUUUUUUAUAUUGCAUUUCAAUAUAUAAUUAUGGCGUUGUUCUUUCAUUCCAUUAAAUGUAUUAGAAAUUUGAGAAAUAUCUCCAAAUUAAUUCAAAUCGGUGGAAGUAAUAAAAGAUUUUUAUGCUUAGCAAAUGUAUCAAAUGUUCUAGAAAUGAAAGUAAGUAUGCCGACGGAUUUUUAUGGCUAUCAAACUUCAGAACAGGGUAUAGAUUCGCUAAUCGAAAAAGUGAAUAAAAACUUGCAGAAUAGAAAAUUAAUUGACAAAAAUAUGAUUGAUGAAAUUAUACAAUACGUGCAGAUAGAAGGAAAAAUAGAUUCUUCGCAGGCUCUACCAGUCCUGCGCAGCUGCAAUCUUUUGAUACAAUGUACACCCGAGCAAAGAAUUGAUCUUGCGACUACCUUGUGGAAAUUAUUUGGUAUUUAUAAUGUUCAAAUGGAUGUGUCUUAUUAUAAUGCGCUGUUAAAAAUUUAUUUGAAAAAUAAACAUGAAUUUUCUCCAUUGGACAUUUUAUCUGAUAUGAAAAAACAAUCUAUCGAGCCGAAUGAAAAUACUUACAAAGAACUUUUGAAGUAUUAUUGUAUGAAGGGUAAUAUGUCUGGAGCGAUGACAGUAUUUCAAUGUAUGAAGGAUGAAAAGCAUGUGUUAACCGAAGAUGUAUUUAAUUCAUUCAUUCUAGGAUAUACUCAAGCUCGUGAUCUAACAAGUGCGGUAAAUGUUCUUCAAAUUAUGGAAAAAGUUAAUCUAACUCCUACGAAUAAGACUUAUAGUGCAUUAAUGUGUGCUUAUGCUACAUAUAAUGAUACGGAAAGCAUAGAAGAAGUAUUAUUUAAAUGUCGAAUGAAAAAUAUAAAGUUUACGAAUGAAGAUUUAUUAGAUGUAAUAUAUACUUUAAUAGCUAAUAAAAAUGUAGAUUAUGUCAACGAGAUGCUUGUUAAAUUAAAGAGACCAUUUCAUAUGGAGGCAUUAGAAUUUUUAGCAAAGAUUAUUGAUCUCAAACAAGAAAACAUAGCUAUGAAAAUAUUUUAUUAUUUUUAUUCUGAUAUUAAAUUUAAAUUAAUGAAGAUUCAAUAUGAAAAUUUCUUUAUACAUAAAUUAAUAUACAGUGGUGCGCCUAUUGAAAAAAUUGUAGAAACGUGUAAACAAUUUUAUACGUGUUACGGUAACAAAAAAAUAUUUUAUCAAGCGAUUUAUUAUGCUUUCAAACAAAAUGAGGAUGCCUUAGUAUCAAGUUUACUAAAAGAAUGGAAAAGUAAAGGGCAUAAACUUAGGCCACAUUAUUUUUGGCCCUUUUUAACUAAAUUACAAGAAAAUCAUGAUAUCAAAGGUCUUUUAGAAUAUGUGAAGGAUAUGAAAGAGGUAUACGGAGUUGUCCCUUGUAUAAAUACUGUUGCAGAUUAUAUUUUACCUAAUCUUUUAACUCCUAGCAUGAGUACUGCUUUUUUUUUGUCAGAAUACAACAUACCGAUAGAAACAACAAGGAAUGCUGUAGUUUAUUAUUGGUUAUCAUAUUUUAAAACAAAGCUCAGUGCGGACUAUGUUAUACAGCAUCCAUGUUAUUACGAUGAUUUCAUAUUGAAAUCAAAACUCAAAUGGUCGUUAUUUAAUACAUGUGAUAUUGAUUCUUAUUUGAUAAUCGCAAAUACUCUCUAUAGAGAGACUACAUCUGGGGCAAAAGAAAAAGUUUCUUUAGACGAAAACAUAUUUGAUAUCAUGAAUUUCUUAAAAGAUAAUCCAACGCGUAUUUCAAAGAUACUACAAUAUAUAUCAAAAAACGAAAUAAGUAUCUCUGAUAAUACUUAUAAGAUUUUAACCGAAUAUCAAAUGGCAGGUUCAAUAAAUAAAACAACAGUACUAUUAGAAAAUUUAAGAGAGGUCAACAACUCUUCGCAAUUAUUAACUUGGAAUAUCGCUACGUCAAAACAAAUAAAUGUCUCUAUAAUAAAUAAAUUGUUUAAUGAAUACUCGAGGGAAGAAAGUAAAAAAAUUUUGCAAACACUUAUAAUCAAAAAUCCUACUUGUAUUAUGGCCAAAUUAGCUUUAAAUUAUGCGAAAAAAUUAAUAUCAGUAGGUGAUUUAAACGAUGCAGCAGAACUAAUAAAGUAUACCGGUCAAAUAAUCAAAGUUAAUAGUCCCUUGUUAGCAAAAGAGACUAAAAAAUUAUUAAAUGAAGUUGCUUUAAUAGGCAAUGAUACAGUAUUACACAGAUUUGUUGACAUACUUCUACAACAAAAUUAUGUCACACCAUCAACAAAUUAUUUAAACUUGCUUAUUACGAUUCAUGUUGAUCAAGGCAAUGUACGCAAAGCUUUGGAAAUAGCUGAAAUGUUGAAUAAUAAAUAUAAUCAUAUACCUGCAUUAAAAACAUUAAUCAAAUUAAUUGUCUUGGCAAAAGACACGGAGAUAUUACAAGAUUUUAUAAACAUUGCUAUUAAAACUUACGAGGAAGAAUAUAUUUUAGGAGAAUUAAUACUAUGCUUUUUGAGGAAAAAUUUUGAAGAGGAAGCUAAAAAGCUAAUACAAGUAAACAGUUCAAUGUAUUUUUACAUCACGCGUAAUAUUAUUUAUCAUCUGAUUUAUGUUCCUUUUUUACAGCUCUUUUGUACAUCCAAUUACAAUUUAGCAGUAAUAGAAAAUAUUUCGCGAUAUUAUUCUACAAAAUGCAGAAGUAUGAUGUUAGAGAAAUUACUUGACUUUACUGUUGGCUAUCCUAAUGUAAACAGAUUAAUUUUGUACGAAUGUCUUGCCUUCAUUUACGUUUCAAGGAAUGAUCAUCUAAGUGGAAUAGAGUUGUGGAACAGAAUGAGGAAAGAAAAAAUAUUACCAACUCCAAAGUUAAAAAAUAUUUUACCUGUUCACUAUUAAAUUAAAUUAAUUUAAUGUGUGAUAAUCAAGAUAAAAAUGUUGUAAAUGAAUGUAAACUCUUAUCUAUGUGCAACGCUUUGCAAUGUUAUAUAUAUAUAUUUAUUUCAAAUAAAAAUGUAUUGUUAUGCAUAGUUUUUGUAUAAUUUCAAUUUAACGUUCUAAUAAUCUCCAAUUAUUUCUAAUCGUAUGUGAUACUUCCAAUUGAACGAUUAAAAAUGAAUCAUUGCAAAGCUUUGUGUGUUUUUAUUUACUUCUUAGUUUUAAAUUAAAAAUUAUUUUUAUGAUCUCUUGCGCUCUCUCUCUUUCUCUCUCUCUCUCCUUUAAAAUAAGUUGACGCAAAAAUAUUGUUAUAAAUAUAUAUGUAUAUAUUUCCUUAGUUUCAAUAAUAAGAUAGAGAAGUGUAAAAUAGGGACUUGAAGAUUUUGUUAAUUUUGGAAAAAUUUUAAGAACAUAAUACGCGUGACAGGAUUUCUAUAUAUAUAUAUAUGCCAAGUUAAAAAAAAUAUUUUUCUUUUUCUUUCUAUC